UACCUUACAAAACGUAUUACGGCAAAAUAUGGUGCCGCGCAUGGAAGUGAAGUGAGGCGAAGGUGACGAUGGUGCGAAAGACUUCCUUUUCGUGAGGUUACUGCGUGUAUUAUUCCAACAUUCAGUGUGUUAUACAAGUAGGGCUUUUAGUUUUUAUCUAUUUAAAUUCAUUUUCGGCAGUUUUCACCGGGUCGGUUCAGUCAUGGGAACGCGGGGGCCCGUCAGUCGGAUAAUAAUCAAGCAGGUCGGAAAGCCAGUUCUGAAACCCAAUAGACCACUCGCCUUGAAGAAUCACGUAUCAACUCGGAUGCUUGAUAGAGGAGGGGCCACCUGCUUAGUUGAGUUGUCCUUGCUGAUGACCUGCUGGAAACGGAACGAAUUCGGCGACGCUGCGUGCUCCAACGAAAUACGGACCUUCAACGAGUGUGCAGAAAAGGCUCGGGCUGAGAAGUUACGAAGUAACGACAACUUUGCUGCGGGCGAACGCCUCCCCCCCAAGCUGGCCAACACCCUCCUGAGACGCUUUCCUAACCCUUCCAAGAAAUAAGUGUGGGGUCAGCUCAGGCCCCCUGUGUGCCGAUUGGCUCUGAACUGAAGGGGUCAGAGGUCAAAGCUACGGGUGCAGCGCGCUCUGGCCAUGCUCAUGUCUGACCUAUCGGCACAAACUGUUGGUGGUUUAGGCGCCCGGUGUAGCCACGAUAAGAUCAGCACAGCUGUUGGGCCCUUGAGCAAGGCCCUGAACCCCACAUUGUUCCGGGUGGGGGGGGGGAUUGUCUCUUGCUUAAUCUAAUCAACUGUAAAUCGCUUUGUUUAAAAGCUUCAGCUAAAUAACACAUUAUUACUGUUAUUGAGAAAAUUGCUGUAUGAGAAAAUCAUGGCUGAUUAGUCAUGCCUUUGUGUGAGCCGUUUAAAUAGAGGUCAAAAUGUGUUUCAAAAUAUUUCAAAUAAAGGGCUUGAUGCCAACUAGACAUUGGAGGAACGAUAGCCUUUAUGCUCUUUAUUCAACUGUAACCAGAAAGGGGCCUGGCUCGCCUCAACGUUAAAUGAAUGGAGGACAAAUCCUUAAGCUCCCUUUUCAUGUGAUAUGCAAACAGACCAAAUGUCCUUUUGAUCUGGUGUUUUGUGCUUUUAAGUUUCACUGUGGUUCCCAGUGGCUAUUCAUGUUUUGCCCCAAAUGUAUCUUUACAAUGAAUUGCAAUGUCCUGAUUGGCCAUUUGUUAUGCAACUCAAGGAUGAGGUUGCAGGUUGUUUGUAUUCUUGCAGGUAAUGUACAAAGGUAACCCAGAAUAAACUGAGCCUUUCUGAUCAGUGCAUCUGGGGCCUGCUGUAUAGAGCUCAUAGGGACUGCUGGCUAACCGGGUCCAAGCAAUCUUCAGAGACCGACACAGUUAAUCACAAUACAGAAGCCAAUGGCUUGGCCUGAUUUACAGUACUUUAGAUGCACUCUUGAUGAUUGUUUUUUUAUUUAUUUAUUUUAUUGUGUCGUGGUUUCCGGUCAUCGCAUUACACAGAAUGGGAAAAAGCACCUUUAAUCAUCUGUUCCCAAUAAAUCAUAACUGUUUUUUCGACGAGAAAA